AGAAAAAAAAAGACCUUUCUGACUUUUUCUUACGUAAUUCAAAGUCUUGAAUAGUUUGAUAAAAAUACGUUCUUCCAAUAAUAGUAGCAAGAGGAUGACGAUGCGCUUUUAAUGGAACCAAGUGUCCCCUUGCUUGCUUAUCCAGGUACUGCCCGUCCCUUCUAGACUCUUCUUGGAGUUUUCCUCUCGAACGUUCCUUCACCCGUUUUAAGAGUUUGAGUAGAGCAGAACAGAACAGAGACUCGCUAACCCAAUCAGGAAUCAGCGUCACUGCAACUGUAUUUCAUCGAGCACUUUCUAGGCUUGAGAGAAUCUCGGAACGGAAGCCAUGAGCUCUGUGGUGGAAGCCAUGACCGAGCUGCUCAAUUUCCCGGAUGCGGUUGAGAAACUCAUGCACUCAGCUUCGCGCUCCAAUGAUAGCAGCACCCAGCAACACCUAACGGGCGGCGGAUCCGCUGGUUUUCCGGCGGACAUUCUGGAGACUCCCAAGGAAUACCUCUUCUACGUAGACGUUCCUGGCCUGUCCAAAUCCGACAUUCAGGUGACUGUGGAGGAUGAGAACACGCUGGUGUUGAAGAGCAACGGGAAGAGGAAAAGGGAGAACGGAUUGGAUGAAGAAGAAGGAUGCAAGUACAUAAGGCUGGAGAGGAAGCCGCCGGCGGCGCAGAAGCUGAUGAGGAAAUUCCGGCUACCGGAGAAUUGCAAUUUGUCGGCUAUUAGCGCGAAAUGUGAGAAUGGGGUGCUGACGGUGGUGGUGGAGAAGCUGCCGCCGCCGCCCUCCAAGUCCAAGACCGUACAGAUUGCCAUAUCCUGAGCACAACGCAAGUCCAAGAUUGCAGUUAGAUUAAUGUUUGGGCAUUUAUAUUGCCAUUAUUGCCGUGAAUAGUCUUGCAUUUCAUCUUACUAGUUUCAUGUAUUAGAAAUGGACUGAUUCACCUACCAAUCAAACUACCUGUUUCAUUUCUUUCU